AUGAAAAUGAAAAUGGUAAAAAAUAAAAAAAAAAAAAAAAAAGUUACUUUUUGUGUCCAAACAAACAUAUGUUGUGAUAUAAAAAACUCACAAAAACUUGUAUAUUUAGUGUGUUUGCUACCUGAGUUUUAUAUAUUAUUUUUUUAA